AUGAGUGGCCUGGCUCUCUCCCUGAGCUGGCGCCUCUUGUUGCACAUCACGGAGACCUUGAUCUUGGCCUAUUCUGUGCUCAUCUCCUGGGCUGACUCGCAGGGCCUCUUCCCGAGGCUGGAGAAUGUGGGAGCCUUCAAGACCGUGUCUGUCGUGCCAACCAACGCCACGUGCGGACUCCCAGACCGCAGCACCUUUUGCCAUAGCUCUGUGGUCGCCGAAAGUCUCCAGUCCUGCACCCAGAGGCUCUGCGUUCAGGAUUGCCCCCACAGAUCUGCACCCCCAGCCUACACGGCCCUCUUCUCCGCAGGCCUGGGGGACUGCGUGGCUGCAGACUCACAGGAUCUGCGCCCCGACUCCCCUCAAAAUUCCACGAGUUUUAUGUUCGGAAAUCACACGAGCUGCAUUUCUUCUCCUCCUCCUCCGAGGCUGGCGGCAUCAUUUACGUUGGCUGUGUGGUUGAAACCCGAGCGGGAAGGUGUAAUGUGUAUUAUAGAGAAGAUGGCGCAUGGGCAGAUUGUGUUCAAACUUACAGUAUCAGAGAAAGAAGCCACGUUUUAUUAUCGCACAGUAAAUGGUUUGCAGCCUCCAAUAAAAGUAAUGACACUGGGGAGAAUUCUUGUGAAGAAAUGGAUUCAUCUGAGUGUGCAGGUGCAUCAGACAAAAAUCAGUUUCUUCAUCAAUGGUUUGGAGGAGGACAGCACAGCUUUUGAUGUGCAAACUCUAAGUGGUUCAGUUAUAGAUUUUGCCUCUGGUGCUACGCGGAUAGGACAGAGUUUAAGUGGUUUAGAGCAGUUUAUUGGAAGAAUGCAAGAUUUUCGAUUAUACCAAGUGGCACUUACAAACAGAGAGAUCGGGGCCAUCUUUGCUGGAGCUCUGCCCACAUUGCACGUCCAGCCCCACUGCCGCUGCCCGGGCAGCCACCCGCGGGUCCAUCCCCUGCACCAGCGGUACUGCAUUCCCAACGAUGCGGAGGACACGACCAGGGACAGGGUGUCCCGGCUGCAUCCCGAGGCCCACCCUCUCUCCUUUGUCAACGAUGACGAUGUUGGGACUGCGUGGGUGUCACGUGUGUUUACAAACAUCACCCAGCUUAAUCAAGGAGUGACUCUUUCGAUAGAUUUGGAAAAUGGACAGUAUCAGGUGUUUUAUAUCAUCGUUCAGUUCUUAAGUCCACAACCAACAGCAAUAAGGAUUCAGAGGAAGAAGGAAGACAGCCUAGAUUGGGAAGAUUGGCAAUAUUUUGCUAGAAAUUGCAGUGUUUUCGGAAUGAAAAACAAUGGAGAUUUGGAAAACUCAGAUUCUGUAAACUGUCUUCAGCUUUCAGAUUUUACUCCCUAUUCCCAUGGCAAUGUCACAUUUAGUCUCCUGGCACCUGGACCGAAUCAUCGUCCUGGAUACAAUGACUUCUAUAACUCCCAGUCUCUUCAAGGGUUUGUAAAAGCCACACAAGUAAGACUUCAUUUCCAUGGACAGUACUAUACAACUGAGACUCCCGCCAGCCUCAGACACAGAUACUACGCUGUCAGUGAAGUCACCAUCACGGGGAGGUGUCAAUGUCACGGUCAUGCUGACAGCUGUGACACGACGAGCCAGCCCUAUCGGUGCCUCUGCUCCCGGGAAAGCUUCACCGGGGGACUUCAGUGCGAUCGCUGCCUGCCUCUUUACAAUGACAAGCCUUUCCGCCAAGGAGACCAAGUCCACGCCUUCAGCUGUAAGCCCUGUCAGUGCCACAGCCAUUCCCGAAGCUGCCACUACGACAUCUCAGAGGACCCCUUUCCAUCGGAGCACCACAGAGGGGGCGGAGGAGUCUGUGAUGACUGUGAGCACAACACCACCGGACGGAACUGUGAGCUGUGCAAGGAGCACUUUUUCCGACCAGUUGGGGCAGAUCCUUCGGCCACGGAUGUGUGCCAGCCCUGUGAGUGUGAUGCAGCUGGCACCCGAAACGGUAGCCUCCUGUGCGAUCAGAUGGGAGGCCAGUGUGAUUGUAAGCGACGCGCUUCUGGCAGAAGGUGCAAUCAGUGCCAGGAUGGAUUCUUCAACCUGCACGAGCUGGAUCCUGAUGGCUGUAGUCCUUGCAACUGCAAUACCUCGGGGACCGAGGAUGGAGAUAUUACCUGUCACCCACAUUCAGGCCAGUGCACGUGCAAAGCAAAUGUUACUGGGCUCCGAUGCGAUCGUUGCCGUCUUGGAUUUAAAUUCCUCCCGAGUUUCCGUGAUGGUGGAUGUGAGCCCUGCCGGUGUAACCCCUUCGGCUCCGUGAGCAAACUCUGCGACCCUCUGUCGGGGCAGUGUGAGUGCAGGGCGGACGCCAGAGGCCUCCGGUGCGACACGUGCAGAGAGCACUUCUACGGGCUGGACGUCACUGGCUGCAAGGCCUGCGGCUGCGACCCCGCGGGGUCCCUGCCUGGGACGGUCUGUGACGCUGGGACAGGGCAGUGCCAUUGCAAGCCCAGCGUUGGCGGGAGACAGUGUGAUGGAUGUUUGGAGGGAUCCUUCUACCUCCAACAGAAUAACUCUUUCCUCUGCCUGCCCUGUGACUGUGAUAAGACGGGGACAGUAAAUGGCUCUCUGCUGUGUGACAAAUCAACAGGACAGUGUCCGUGCAAACCAGGAGUCACGGGUCUCCGCUGCAGCCAGUGCGGGCCGCACAGGUACAAUCUGACCGCGGGCGACAGCCAGGGCUGCGGGACGUGUGAGUGCGACUCCUCGGGGACGUUCCCCGGGACCAUGUGCGACCCAGGUAGUGGCCAGUGCCGGUGUUUGCCUAAUCGUCAGGGAAGAAGGUGUGACCAGUGCCAACCAGGUUUUUAUAUCUCUCCGGGCAAUGCCUCUGGCUGCCUGCCCUGUUCCUGCCGCACAGCUGGGGCAGCUCAUCACAUCUGUAACAGCCGAACUGGCCAGUGCGUUUGCCAAGAUGCUUCCACCACUGGGCUAAGUUGUGACCGUUGUAGGGACCUUUACUUUGGAUUUGAUCCUCAGACUGGCAGAUGUCAGCCUUGCAAUUGUCAUCUCUCCGGAGCCUUGAAUGAAACCUGUCACUUGGUCACGGGCCGCUGUUUCUGUAAACGAUUUGUCACCGGCUCAACGUGCGACACUUGUGUUCCCGGCGCAAGCCACUUGGAUGCCAGCAACCCGUGGGGUUGCAGCAAAACUCCGUCCCAGCAACCUCCACCCAGAGGACAAGUUCAAAGUUCUUCGGCCAUCAAUCUCUCCUGGAGCCCACCGGAUUCUCCCAAUGCCCACUGGCUUACUUACAGUUUAUUCAGGGAUGGGACUGAAAUCUACACAACUGAAGAUCAAUACCCGUACGACAUCCAGGACUUCUUAGACACUGCCCUGUCGCCAUAUACCUCCUAUUCCUAUUCCGUCGAGACCUCCAAUGUGCAGGGUUCGACGAGGAGUGCGGCUGUCACCUACAGGACAAGGCCGGGGGUCCCAGAGGGAACCUUGAACUUAAGUUAUGUCAUCCCCGUUGGCUCAGACUCAGUGACACUUACCUGGACGGCAGCCUCCAAUCGCGCUGGCCCCGUAGAGAAGUAUCUCCUGUGGUGCGCUCCCUGCAAUGACACCCAGCCCUGCGUUCCCCAUGAAGGUCGCGGAACCUCGGCCACCGUCUGGAGUCUGCUUCCCUUCACCCAGUACCGCUUUUCCGUGCAGGCCUGUACCAGUGGGGGCUGUUUACACAGCUCCCCUGUAACCGUGACCACAGCCCAGGCUCCUCCCCGAGGCCUGGGUCCACCUGCGGUGCGGGCCAUCAGUUCCACAGAACUGCGUGUAGAAUGGGCUCCGCCGAUGGAACCGAAUGGAAUAAUUGUAAGGUAUGAGCUCUACAUGAGAAGAUUGAGAUCUGACGGAGAACCCACGGCAGCAGAAAGCCGAGUGUUUGAGAGCAGUCCUCGCCCGUUGGCAGAGUCAGCCAAUGACAAUGCGUUAAGACCCCCUCCGGCAGCCACAGCCAUCCGUGGCUUGGAGCCUUACACCACAUAUGAGUUUAGGGUCUGGGCUGGGAAUAUGGCCGGCAGCGUGUCCUCCCCCUGGGCCUCGGGACAGACAGGAGAAUCAGAGCCUAUCUCCAUGGCCCCUCCCUCGGUCUCCCCGCUCUCACCGCACUCUCUCAACGUGUCCUGGGAGAAGCCGGCCGAUAAUGUUACCCGAGGAGACGUUGUGGGGUAUGAGAUCAGUAUGAUUUCUGAACAAUCCCCUCAACAGCCUGCUGCGGUGGCGGUUUCACAGGUGUUGGCCAGGACUGAAUCCCAGCAACUGUCCUACAUUGUAAGUGGACUAAAACCGUACAGGACCUACAACUUCACGGUUUCCCUCUGCAAUUCAGUUGGCUGUGUAGCCAGUGCUUCGGGAGCAGGGCAGACACUGCCAGCAGCGCCAGCCCAGCUGAGGCCGCCUUCGGUGGAAGGGGUCAGCGGCACAGCCAUCCGCGCUCGCUGGCUCCCGCCCGCAGAACCGAAUGGCCCGGCGCCCGUCUAUCAGCUGGAAAGGAGGGAGACGUCCCUCCCAGCGCCGGGGGCCAGGGCGGAGAAAGGAGUUCGCUUCCCCGGACACGGAUAUUACACAUUUCCCAGCUCCACUCACCCCGUCAACACAGACUUCACCGGCAUUAAGGCCAGCUUCCGGACAAGGGUGCCUGAAGGUUUGCUCGUCUUUGCCGCGUCCCCAGGCAACCAGGAGGAGUACUUUGCCCUUCAGUUGAAACACGGACGUCCUUAUUUUCUCUUUGAUCCUCAGGGGUCUUCAGUGGAAGUGACCCCCACUAAUGAUGAUGGUAAACAAUACAGUGACGGCAAAUGGCAUGACAUAGUUGCUGUGAGGCAUCAGGCUUUCGGCUGGAUCACGCUUGACGGGCAGUACACAGGUUCCUCGGGGGCCCUGAAUGGCAGCACUGUCAUCGGAGAGAACACAGGCGUGUUUGUGGGAGGCCUGCCGCGGGGCUACGCCGUCCUGAGGAAGGACGCUGGCAUAAUCCGAAAGGGUUUUGUGGGCUGUCUCAAGGAUGUGCAUUUUAUGAAGAAUUACAACCCCUCCGCUGUCUGGGAGCCUCUGGUUUGGCAGAAUUCUGAAGAGCAAGUCAACGCAUAUAACACCUGGGAGGGAUGUCCCUCUUCAUCGCAGGAGGGAGCCCAUUUCCUAGGCGCAGGGUUCCUGGAACUUGAUCCAGGCACGUUUCAUGGCGGCCUGGACUUUGAGAUUUCCUUCAAGUUCAGAACAGACCAGUUGAAUGGGUUGCUUCUUUUCAUUUACAACAAAGACGGACCUGAUUUUCUUGCCGUGGAGCUAAAGACUGGAAUACUGAGCCUCCGGUUAAACACCAGUCUUACCUUCACCCGAGUGGAUCUGUGGCUGGGGCUGUCCUACUGUGACGGGACGUGGAAUACGGUGACAGUUCGGAAGGAAGGUGUCCUGGUGUCUGCAAGCCUGAAUGAACUGAUGGAGGGCGUGUCACAGCCCAGAGCCCAGCCGCUGGCAGUGAAUUCCCCCGUCUACCUGGGAGGAGUCCCCCCAGAGCUGCAGGACUCGCAUACACACCUGGGUUUGGAACCAGGUUUCGGCGGCUGCAUGCGGGACGUUGCGUUUGAGCGCGGCACCGCCCUUCGCUUGGCAUCUGUGUCCAGCGGCGCUGUCAGAGUCAAUCUGGACGGCUGCCUGUCAAGUGACAGCGCCGUUAACUGCAGGGGGAACGACUCCAUCCUGGUGUACCGGGGCCCGGAGCCCAGCGCGCAGGAGCGCGGGCUGCAGCCCUUCACAGAGUACCUGUACCGCGUGAUGGCCUCGCACGAAGGGGGUUCUGUCUGGAGUGACUGGAGUCGGGGGCGCACAACUGGAGCAGCUCCACGCAGCGUGCCAGCCCCCUCCAGAGUCCGCAGCAUAAACGGAUCGAGCGUCGAAGUGGCCUGGGAUGAACCUGUGGAGGUCAGAGGUGUGAUUGAGAAGUACAUCCUGAGAGCCUGCCCUGAGGGUGGCGUGCCCGGCCCACCCCGCACCCCCUGUGCCACGUCUGAGCUUGUGCAUACCAGCAACCUCACAGGCGUGCUGACAGGCUUGCUCCCCUUCAGGAACUAUGUGGUGACCCUCGCUGCUUGCACUCUGGCCGGCUGCACCGAGAGCUCGCGUGCACUGAACAUCUCUACUCCACAAGAAGCCCCAGAAGAGGUUCAGGCACCAGUAGCCAUAUCCCUUCCCAAUUCUUUGUUCCUCUCCUGGAAUCAACCCAAAAAAGUGAAUGGUAUCAUCACUCAGUACUCUUUGUAUAUGGACGGGAUGCGAAUCUAUUCAGGCAUCGGAGAAAGCUACACCGUCACAAAUUUAGCAGUGUUCUCGCCCCACCAGUUUCUGCUGUGUGCGUGCACACAUGUGGGCUGCGCGAACAGCUCCCUGGUGAUCCUGUACACGGCACAGCUGCCACCGGAACACGUGAAUCCCCCGAUUCUGACCGUCCUGGAUUCCAGAACUAUAGACGCACAGUGGAAACAGCCAGGAAAACUAAAUGGAAUUCUGGAGCGCUAUCUAUUAUAUAUUUCAAAUCACACGCGUAAUUUUACCAUUUGGGAUGUCAUCUAUAACAGUACAGAGCUUUUUCAGGACCACACGCUGCAAUACCUGUUGCCUGGCACCAGAUAUCUUCUCAAGCUCGGAGCUUGCACGGGAGGCGGGUGCGCAGUGAGUGAGUCCAGUGAGGCCCGAACAGAGGAUUGCUCACCGGAAGGUGUGCCCGCCCCCAGAGUGCACUCCUAUUCACCCCACUCCUUCAACAUCUCCUGGACGGAGCCUCAGCAUCCGAACGGUGUGAUCACACGCUACGGGCUAUAUCUGGACGGACUUCUCAUUCACAAUUCCUCAGAGCUCCGCUGCCAUGCUUACGGAUUCGCUCCAUGGAGCCUACAUUCUUUCAGAGUCCAGGCCUGCACGGCCAGAGGGUGUGCUCUGGGCCCACGGGUAGAAAAUCGAACUCUCGAAGCUCCCCCUGCAGGGACAGUCAGUGUCGUGGUGAAGACAGAGGGGUCCCGGGGAGCCCACCUGAGGUGGGAAGGGCCGUCACACCCGAAUGGACUUCUGACGUACACAGUCCUUCUCACCGGGAUGUUCUAUGCAGAUCAAGCCGCUGAUAACUACACGCUUCUGAAUGGCACACGCCUCGUGCACCGUGGUGAAGCGUCCAAGCUGUGGGUGCCCGUCGACGGGCUGGUUCCUUUUACCAAUUACACGGUAGAAGUGGCUGCUGCAAACACCAGGGGCAGCCUGACAAGUGAGCCUACAGCGAUGGUGAUGCCCCCCGGGGCUCCAGAUGGCGUGCUGCCUCCCAGGCUUGCGGCCGCCGCUCCGACCAGUCUUCAGGUUGCCUGGUCUACACCAGCUCGGAACAACGCCCCGGGCUCAGCCCGCUACCAGCUCCAGAUGAGGCCGGGCCUCUCCUCCCCUGCGUUGCUAGAGUUAUUUUCCAGUCCUUCGGCAUCGUUAAGCCAUGAAGUGAGGGACCUCCAGCCGCACACCGAGUAUGCGUUCCGGGUGGUUGCCUCCAAUGGAUUUGGCAGUGCGCUCAGCCCUUGGAUUCUGUUCAUGACAACGGAGGACAGCCCCGGACCUGUGGACCCCCCGAUCCUCCUGGCUGUGGACUCGAGAGCGAUGUUGGUCACCUGGCAGCGCCCUGUAAAGCCCAACGGGGUCCUUACGCACUACAACGUGUACCAGCGCGGCCAGCUCCUCCUGAGAGCGCCGGGGAACGCCACGAGCCGCACCGUGACCCGCCUGCGCCCGCACACCGCCUACGCCUUCCAGGUGGAAGCCUGCACCGCAAAGGGCUGCUCCCUCUCCCCGCCGGCCCGGACUGUCUGGACACCCCCAGCCGCACCGGAAGGCAUCCCAAGCCCCGAGUUGUUCUCCGAUACCCCGACGUCUGUGAUCCUGUCAUGGCAACCCCCUGCCCACCCCAACGGCUUGGUGGACAACGUCACCCUCGAAAGGAGGGUCCAAGGGAAGGAAGAAGUCACUGCCUUGGUGACUCUCCCGGGAAACGGUUCCACGCGGUACAUGGACAAGACUUCCGCCCUCAGCCCGUGGACCAAGUACGAAUACCGGGUACUGAUGAGCACUCUUGGUGGGGGCACGAGCUGCAGCGCCUGGGCGGAGGUGACCACGAGACCCUCCAGGCCCGCCGGGGUGCAGCCCCCCACAGUGCGGGUGCUCGGACCCAAGGCAGCCGAGGUCACGUGGAAGCCCCCGCUCAUCCAGAAUGGAGACGUGCUUAGCUACGAGAUCCGUAUGCCCGACCCUCACGUCACAAUAAUGAAUGUCACUCCUGCCGUGUUAAGCCACGUCAUCACUGGUCUGACUCCUUUCACUGAUUACUCGGUCAGCAUCGUGGCUUGCUCAGGGGGGCUUGGGCAUCUAGGAGGAUGCACAGAGAGUUCUCCUACCCACGUGACAACUCACCCCUCCCCACCUCAAGGUGUUCAGCCGCUGUCCGUGGUCCCACUCAGUGAAUCGUAUGCUAGGGCUUCUUGGCAGCCACCAUCCAGGCCAAAUGGACCUGAUUUGAGAUAUGAGCUUCUGAGACGUAAAAUCCAGCAGCCACUUGCAUCAAAUCCCCCAGAAGAUUUAAAUCUGUGGCACAAUAUUUACUCAGGAACCCAGCGGUUUUAUGAAGAUAAGGGUCUUAGCAGGUUCACCACGUAUGCGUAUAAAGUUUUUGUCCACAACAGCGUGGGUUUUACGCCCAGCCAGGAAGCGACGGUGACGACGUGGGCUGGCCUGCCGCAGAGAGGAGCCAGGGGCUCGGUGACUGUCCUCAACCACUCGGCCCUGGACGUGCGGUGGGACAAACCAACUUUUCAAGACCUACAAGGUGACGUUGAGUAUUAUACGCUUUUUUGGAGUUCUGCUACCUCAAAUGAAUCUCUGAAAAUCCUCCCGGAUGUAAACGCUCAUGUCAUUGGCCACUUAAGUCCAAACACGGAGUAUCGGAUUUUGAUCUCUGUCUUCAACGGCAUCCACAGCAUCACCAGCGAUGUCCUCUACGCAACCACUUGCGAUGGGGAGCCUCGGGGCAUGCCUCCUCCAGAGGUUGUCAUCGUCAACAGCACAGCUGUACGUGUCAUCUGGUCGUCGCCUUCCAGCCCAAACGGCGUCGUCACUGAAUAUUCCGUCUAUGUAAACAGCCGGCUCCACAGGACCGGAAUGGACGGGCCCGGGUCCCUCCUCCUCCCAGGGCUGUCUCCCUUCACCGUCUAUGACAUUCAGGUCGAAGUCUGCACAAAAUAUGCCUGUGUGAAAAGCAAUGGAACCCAGGUCACCACCAUGGAAGACACUCCAAGCGAUAUGCCAACACCCACAAUUCAUAGCAUCACUUCGAGAGCCCUUCACAUUGACUGGACGCCCCCAGGGAAGCCAAACGGCAUCAUUCUGGGAUAUGCUGUCUUACGGAAAUCAUGGUCCCCAUGCCCUAGGACCCAGAAAGCUCACGGCGGUGAGCUCUGCAAGGCAGUGAUGUGUCAAAAGCUGGAAACUACCUGUGGACACAGGUGCUAUGAUCCUGAGGCGAAGGUUUGCUGUGCCGGUGUGCUCCAUGACGCUCAGCCCGGACACCAGUGCUGUGAGGAGAAGUAUAUCCCUUUGGUUCUGAAUUCAACAGGAGUGUGCUGUGGCGGCCGCAUACAACAGGCACAGCCAGACCACCACUGCUGCUCGGGCUAUUACGUUCGAGUUCUGCCAGGUGAGGUGUGCUGUCCAGAUGCGCAGCACCACCGGGUCGCCGUGGGCCUGGGUGACGCGUGCUGCGGCCGGAUGCCCUACUCCACGGCGGGCGCGCAGGUGUGCUGCGCAGGAAGGCUGCGGGACGGCCACGGCCAGCAGUGCUGCGGGGGACAGCUGGUCAGCAGGGAGGCCCAGUGCUGCGGGGGAGCAGACCGGGGCGUGGCCUACAGCCGCCUUCCAGGCAUGUCCUGUUGCGGGCAGGACUAUGUGAGUGUGGCAGAGACCAGAUGCUGCUCAGCCUCCAGCGGAGACUCAAAGCCACAUGUUCGGAAGAACGGCCGGGUGCCAGUGAAAUGCUGCGAGACAGCGCUUAUUCCGGGGAGCCAGGCCUGCUGCAAUGGAGUUGGAUAUGACCCCCUGGAAUAUGUCUGCUCUGACAAGGCUCCCACUGGAACCAGGACAACGGACACCCCCGAAGCAUGCGGCACUGUCUGCCCAGUGUCUGCGGCGGCCACAGCACAUUGCGGCCGGUGUGACUUCAACUUCACCAGCCACGUUUGCACAGUGAUCAGAGGGUCUCGCAGCUCCACGGAGAAGACAUCUGUGGAAGAAGCGUGCUCCUCUGUGGAAGAGCUGGUGCACACGGGACGCGCAGACACGUUCUCCUUUACAGAUGCGAACCUGGAGCCAUAUACAACAUAUGAGUAUAGGAUUUCGGCUUGGAAUGGCUACGGACGAGGAUUCAGCGGAGCUGUUAGAGCCAGCACGAAAGAAGACGUGCCUCAGGGAGUGAGUGCCCCUCAGUGGAUCAGAACGGACCAUCCUGAAGACGGAAUAGUCCUAACCUGGAAGAAACCCAUACAACCGAAUGGUCAGAUCGUUUACUACAUUCUUCUCCGGAAUGGAGUGGAAUAUUUUCGGGGAAGGUCAUUGACCUUCUCUGAUACAACAGGAAUUCAGCCUUUUCAGGAAUAUUCAUACCAGCUGAAAGCUUGCACGGUUGCGGGCUGUGCCCCCAGCAGCGAGGUGGCUGUCACUACUCCCCAGGGAGUCCCGCAGAGCGUCCUGCCCCCGAGGAUCACAGCCCCCAGGGCCGACGCCCUGCACUUGAGCUGGGAUGCCCCCGAGAAACCAAAUGGCGUCAUUGAGGAGUACCAGCUCCGGCAGGUUGGGAAAGGGCUCAUCCACACGGAUACCACCGACAGGAGGGAACAUACGGUCACAGGUCUCCAGCCGUAUACCAGCUACAGCUUCACUCUUACAGCUUGUACAUCUGCCGGGUGCACCUCAAGCGAGCCUUUUCUAGGUCAGACGCUGCAGGCAGCACCUCGAGGCGUGUGGGCGACACCUCGACACAUUAUCAUCAAUUCAACAGCCGUGGAAUUAUACUGGAGCCCGCCGGAAAGGCCCAAUGGCCUCAUUUCUCAGUAUCAGCUGAUCCGUAAUGGGACCUCGGUUUUCCUGGGGGGCAGCGAGGACCAGCAUUUCACUGAUCAAAACCUGGCGCCCAACAGCAGAUACAUUUACAAGCUGGAAGCCACAACGGGAGGCGGCAGUAGUUUUAGUGACGAGUACCUUGUACAAACACCUCUCCUGACACCAGAGGAAAUCCCGCCUCCACACAAUAUCACCGUGAUCGGGCCUUACUCCGUAUUCGUAACUUGGACCCCGCCAGGGAUACUGGUCCCCCAGGUGCCCGUGGAGUACAGUGUCCUACUCGAUGCUGGCAGUGUGGCACCUGUCACCUCCGCUGUGGGUCAGCGUCAGUCCGUCCUGCUGGGAAAUUUGACUCCAUUUACACCGUAUGAGAUAAGGAUACAAGCGUGUCAAAAUGGAAGCUGUGGAGUGAGCAGUGGGACGUGUGUCAGAACAUCGGAAGCGGCCCCAAUGGAUCUGAGCCCCCCUGUUCUUAGGGCCCUGGGGUCCGCUUGCAUUGAGGUUACGUGGAUGCCGCCCAAAGAGCCGAACGGAGUCGUCACCCACUACUUCAUUCACAGACGUCCCGCUGGCUCUGACGAGGAGGCCCUGGUGUUUGUCUGGUCGGAAGGAGCCUUCAGGUUUACCGAUGCUGCGGGCACCCUGAGGCCGUUCACGCUCUACGAAUACCAGGUCAGAGCCCGGAACUCCAGGGGCUCGGUGGCGAGUCUGUGGACCUCAGCACGGACACGGGAGGCCCCACCCCAAGACCUGCCGGCGCCCUGGGCUCAGGCCACCGGUGCUCACUCAGUGCUGCUGAACUGGACGGAGCCCGGCUCUCCCAAUGGCAUCAUCUCCCGAUACCACGUGGUCUACGAGGAGAGGCCAGAGGACCCGACGUUCAGCAUCUCCCCCGUGCGUGCUUUCACAGUAGCGGGAACAAGCCACCGGGCCCACCUGUUCGGGUUGGAACCCUUCACAACGUAUCACGUGGGUGUCGUGGCCGCCAACGAGGCAGGAGAGGUGUCCAGCCCCUGGACCGUGGUCCGGACCCCGGAAUCGUCCCCGCGUGGGCUGAGCAACCUCACGGUGGAGCAGAGGGAGGGCGGCCGGGCCCUGCUGCUGCGGUGGUCGGAGCCCCUGCGGGCCAACGGCGUGAUUAAGACCUACAGCAUCUUCAGCGACGGCAGCCUGCGGUACGCGGGCCUGAGUCGCCAGUUUCUCCUCCACCGCCUGGCCCCGUCCACUGUGUACACGCUGACCCUGCAGGCCUGCACCCGGGCGGGCUGCGCCCACUCGGCGCCCCAGCCCGUGCGCACAGACGAGGCCCCUCCCGGCUCCCAGGCGCCCCCCGCCAUCCGGUCCGUGGGCCCCACCCGCGUGGAGCUGGCCUGGCCCGAGCCCGUCCACCCCAACGGGAGGAUAACCCGCUACGAAGUGAUCCGCAGGUGCGGGGAGGGGGGCGCGUGGGGGAACCGGACGGAGGAGCGGAUGGUCUGCCCGGAGUACACGGCUGACGGGGGCGCGUUCGUGUGCAACGACACGGGCCUGCCGCCCUGGACGCCGUGCGAAUACAAAGUCCACGCGUGGAACUCAGCCGGCCACGCCUGCAGCCCGUGGACCGCGGUGAGGACCGGGCCGGCGCCCCCGGAAGGGCUCUCCCCACCCGAGAUCACCGUUGUGUCUGUGGGUCCCCCAACGCUGCUCAUCACCUGGCUCCCCCCAGCGCAGCCCAACGGCGCCGUCCAGUCCUACCGGCUCCACCGGAGCGGGGCGCCCCGGCCCCUCCGCUUCGACGCCGGGACCUUCCAUUACACGGAUGCCCAGCUGCUGCCCUUCUGCACCUACAGCUACGCGGUCACCGCCUGCACCAGCGGGGGCUGCGGGUCCAGCGAGCCGGCCCGCACCACCACCCCCGAGGCUGCUCCCGCGGGGGUGCGCCCGCCGGGCCUCCGGGCCCUCAGUGCCACGCAGAUCCGCGCGUCCUGGUCGCCGCCAUCCGCGCAGAACGGCAGGAUCACCAGGUAUCUCCUCCGGAGUGAGGGUCAGGAGCACCUGGCCGGGCGGGGCCUGUCCCUGCUGCUCGCCCACCUGCAGCCGGACACUCGGUACAGCGUCUCCCUCGUCGCCUGCACGCGCGGCGGCUGCACAGCCAGUGCGCCCACCUCGGCCCGCACCAUGGAGGCCCCGCCCCGGGACAUGGACCCUCCGGAACUGCAAGUGACGGGCUCGGGAUCCAUAGAAAUCACCUGGAGGCCCCCCAGACACCCCAACGGCCAGGUCAGAGGUUACGAACUUCGCCGGGAUGGAACCAUCGUGUACUCCGGCCCGGAAACGCGCUACCACGACUUCACUCUCACCCCCGGGGUGGAGUACGGCUACACGGUGACGGCCACCAACAGCCGGGGGGCGGCGGUGAGUCCCCUCGUCAGGGACCGGACCAGCGCCUCGGCGCCUUCAGGGAUGGGGCCCCCGAAAUUACAGGCCCGGGGUCCCCGGGAGAUCUCAGUGGCCUGGGACCCCCCGGUGAGGACUCACGGCCAGAUCGCCAACUACACCCUCUUGGUCCGAGGGCUGCUGGAAGGAGAAGCCAAGAUCGUCCCCAUCAACGCCAGUCACCCCUCGUUUGGCACCCGGGUGCUCGCAGUCAACCAGCUGCAGCCGUUCAGCAGGUACGAAGCACGAAUUCAAGCCUGCACCCCGCUGGGAUGCGCGUCCAGUGACUGGGCAUCCGUGCUGACCCCUGAGACGGCCCCGGCGAUGCAGCCGCCCCCACACCUGGAGGUGCGGAUGGCUCCCGGGGCGUUCCAGCCCGCGGUCUCUGUCUGGUGGGCAGGGCCGCUGUGGCCAAAUGGACACGUUUUAUACUUUGAGUUGUACAAGAGACAGGUGGCAACUCAGCCUGGGCCGCCGAACCCGGUUCUCACCUAUAAUGGCAGCGCCAGCUCUUUUAUGGAUUCCGAACUCCUGCCUUUCACCGAGUACGAGUACCAGGUCUGGGCAGUGAAUGCAGCAGGGAAAGCCCCCAGUAGCUGGACUCGGUGUAAAACUGGACCUGCCCCCCCAGAAGGUCUCAGGGCCCCCAGGUUCCACGCUGUGUCUUCUACCCAAGCUGUGGUCAACAUCAGUGCCCCUGGGCAGCCCAAUGGCAUUGUCAGCCUCUACAGGCUCUUCUCCAACAGCUCGGAUGGGGCAGAGCUGGUGCUGUCGGAAGGCCCGGCCGCCCAGCAGACCCUCCGCGGCCUGCAGCCCUUCACCACCUACUCCGUCGGCGUGGAGGCCUGCACCUGCUUCAACUGCUGCAGCAGGGGGCCCACGGCGGAGCUGAGAACACGCCCUGCGCCGCCCGCCGGGGUGGCCUCCCCCCACAUCCAGGCGCUGGCCUCCAGGACAGCCUCCUUCCUGUGGAGUCCCCCCCUCUUCCCCAAUGGCAUCAUCCAAAGCUACGAGCUCCAGCUGCACAGGGCCUGCCCUGCACCCACAGACGCCCCCUGCACCCACAGCCAGACGGAGACGCAGUACCGGGGCCCGGGGCCCAGCGCCAGCCUGGGGGGGCUCCAGCCUUACACCACCUACAGGCUGCGCGUCGUGGCCCACAACCCGGCGGGCAGCGCGGCCUCGGAGUGGACCCGCUUCACCACCCAGAGCGAGCCCCCUCAGUACCAAGCCCCGUUCUCGGUGACCAGCAACGUGACCGUGGUGUGUGUCAGCUGGGCCAGCUCCUUCCUCCCGCACGGCCCGCUGAAGGAGUUCGUGCUCACCGACGGGGGCCAGCGCGUGUACCGUGGCCUGGACACCACCCUCUACAUACCGAGGACAGGGGACCGCACCUUCCUUUUCCAGGUCACGUGCACCACGGAGGAAGGAAGCGUCAAGACGCCCCUGAUCCAGUACGACCCCUCCGCUGGCCUCGGCCUGGUGCUGACCACGCCCGGCGGGAAGAAGGGGUCGGGGAGCAGAGGCACCGAGUUCUACGGCGAGCUGUGGUUCAUCGUGCUCAUGGCCGUCCUGGGCCUCAUCCUGCUGGCCAUCUUCCUGUCCCUGGUUCUGCAGAGGAAGAUCCACAAAGAGCCGUUCAUCCGAGAGAGGCCGCCGCUCGUUCCCGUGCAGAAGAGGGCGUCCCCGCUGAGUGUCUGUCCCCCGGGGGAGACCCACAUGGGCUUGGCCGACACCAAGAUCCCGCGGUCCGGGGCCCGCGUGAGCCUCAGGAGCAACCACAGCAUCUCUGUCCUUCGGAUCCCGAGCCAGAGCCAGCUCAGCCAGGCCUCCCAGGCCUCCCUGCACCGCAGCGUCAGCCAGCUGCUGGGCCUGCACGACAAGCAAGUCCUGGUGGACGACGCGCUGUGGGAGACCAUCAUGGGCCACGACAGCGGCCUGUACCUGGACGAGGAGGACCUGAUGGACGCCAUCAAGGGCUUCAGCUCCGUGACGAAGGAGCACACCACCUUCACCGACACCCAGCUGUAGGCCGGCACCUGCAAACCAGAUGGAUCCCUGGCUUCAACAAGGGCAGUCAGCAGCCGCCCGCUCAGCCUGCACCUGCACCAUCUAAGCUAGAAGAUGCCCACAAACACGACCUGUCCGUUCCGACUCACGGAAGGGGGGGCUUUACAGAA